GAUAUGAGAUAUUAAUUUAAUAUACCUGAUAAUAAGUGAACAACUACAGUACACUGUGUGCAUUAAGAGUGGGCAUCAGAGGUUCCCAAUCUAAGUUAACGACACAGUAGAAAACCUCAAGAAAAAAAACAAUCCUGCUAGUCAGAAAGAAAAUAUAAUGUUUAUGAGCUGGAGAUGGAGGGAUUGAGCUGUCCGUCAGUCUGUGUGUGUCAAGUGUGUUUAUGUGGUAAGCAGACCAAUCUCCUAUGGCUGUGUGAGGCUGUCUUGGACCAGGACCCAUAGCGGGAGGCUGGGACACUCCACUGCAGCUCUACAACUCCAGCCUCUAGCCCAGAGCUGUGACUCACACAGAUUACAUCAGCAGGGAGACGUAGUAAAGCGAGUGUGUAGUAGGAGACUACUACUGAAGUUCCUCCAGGGUAUUGACAUUCACAACAGCAUCUAGACACAGAGUGAAGUCGGUGUUCAAACUAGCAGCGUACAUUCUCUUGGGCCAAGAAUCUCUCAAGCAUCACAGACGUUCUACAAACUAGUAUCAGUAGAAAAAGGCUGUGCUGGUCACCGGGAACCUUGUUCUCUGGGAGUGAGUGAGUGAGCGGUGAAGGGACAGCUAUGGCUGUGAGCUUCAUGUCUAGAGUGGAGGAGCUGCUGGCCUCAAGCAGCCAGGUUGUUUGGAGCUUGGCGGAGCAGACCCUCAGAAGGUGGUCCUCUCAGGGGCUCAUGCCAGCCCGCCGCUUCCUACAGACAUGGUGGCAGCUCGGGGAAUUCUAUCGGAUGACGGAGGGCCGGCUAUGCCAGGUGCACCUCCUGGACGACAGGAAGCUGGAGCUGCUGGUCCAGCCAAAGCUCUUGUCCCGGGAUCUGUUAGAUUUGGUGUCCUCACACUUUAACCUGAAGGAGAAGGAGUAUUUUGGACUAUUCUUCAUCGAUGACACUGGUCAGAGUAACUGGCUCCAGCUGGAUCGCAGGGUUCUGGAUCAUGACUUCACUAAAAAGACUGGUCCAAUGGAGCUCAAAUUCCUGGUCAGGUUUUAUAUUGAGAAGAUAACAUUCUUGAAAGAGAAUACAACAGUAGAGCUGUUUUUCCUAAAUGCCAAAUCGUCAGUCUUUAAUGAGAUCAUCGAAGUGGAGAGUGAAAACGUUUUCAAAUUAGCUGCUUACGCCUUGCAGGAGGCCAAAGGAGACUACACAAAUGUUGAAAGCUCCAGAUCGGACCUGAAUACGCUACCAGUUCUACCCACCAGAGUCCUGAGAGAGCACCCCUCCCUGGCUUACUGUGAAGACCGAGUGAUCGAGUGCCACGAGAACCUGAAGGGCCUCAGCAGAGGGCAAGCCAUUGUGCAGUAUUUGGCCUUAGUUGAGUCCCUCCCUACAUAUGGAGUCCAUUAUUAUCCAGUAAAGGACAAACAGGGCCUGCCGUGGUGGCUGGGAGUCAGCUAUAAAGGCAUCGGACAGUACGAUUUACAGGACAAGUUGAAACCUCGGAAGUUGUUUCAGUGGAAGCAGCUCGAUAAUUUGUAUUUCCGUGAGAAGAAAUUUGCAGUGGAGGUGAACGACCCUCACAGAAGGACAGUGUCCAGGCGUACAUUCGGGCAGACCGGAUCGGUCAUCCACUCGUGGUAUGCCAGCCACUCUCUGAUUAAGACCAUCUGGGUCAUGGCCAUCAGUCAGCACCAGUUCUAUUUGGACAGGAAGCAGAGCAAAUCCAAAGUUGCCACAGCCAGAAGUUUGAAUGACAUCACCAUGGACCUGACCGAGAUCAGAGCGCCCAGGAUCAGUAAGCUGUCCAGCUUAGAGAGUAAAGACCAGCUCAUCAUGGCCAGCAACGGAUCCCUCAUCUCAGCAGGAUCAGCAGACUCUGAGGUGAGCGAGGAACAGAAGGAAAAGAUUGCUGACCUGAAGAAGAAACGGAAGGAUCUGCAGGAUACUCUAACUCAGAAACUGGAGGAGCUCAAGAAGAUAUGCCUGCGUGAAGCUGAGCUGACAGGCAGUCUGCCUAAAGAGUACCCUCUAGCCUCGGGUGAGAAGCCCCCCAUGGUCCGUCGGCGCAUGGGGACAGCCUUCAAACUGGACGACCUCUUCCCCUAUGACGCGGAUCCCCACCUGAGGAACCUGGAGAGCAGGUUUGCCCUGCAGCAGAAGAUCGUGGAGGCGGCGAAGAAACUGGCCAACGAGGCUGAGCUCUGUAAGACAGUGAAGAAGAAGAGGAGGAGGAACUGCCUGGACGCCAUGAGGAAGCUGCAUGAGAUUGAGGAGGAGAUUAACGAAUACAGGGUCAAGACGGGCAAGAAGCCCACCCAGAGAGCAUCAAUAAUCAUAGCAGAUGAUGUGAACCCCGCCGAACUCAGCUCCCUGUCCGACAGCCUUACUCUGGACGAUGAUGAGGAUCUGGGAGACCAGAGGCAACGGUCCCGCUCGGUGCAGUACUCUCCCCGGCCCCACCACUCAGACACCCUCAGUCUCCACUACCAGUCUGAUCGACGGGCCUCAGCUCACAACCAGCUCCAGGACCUCGGCACCAACAGCAGAUUAAAUGAUGGCGAAGUCCGGGAACCGUUCCACUACAGUCACGCGGACGCCUUAUCGAGCCACAUCAGCCCUUACAAGCCUGCCUCCAGACAGCCGCGUGACGCACGCAGCAUGCCUCCUACUCCACUCCUCACCCGCAACGCCUACAGCAGUACCCAGAUCAGGUCGGAGGACGGCCCUCAGCAUUUCCGCCAGCGGAGUGGCAGUCUGGAGUCCCAGUCUCAGUUCCUGGUUGAGACUGCGCCCCCGGCACCCGCAUCCGUCUUGGCUCGCCGCAGCAACAGCACGGAGUUCCUGGACGAUGGCUCAUCCUACACCAGCCAGUCCAGCGUGGAGUACACGGCGCCCGGGAACCAUACCCACCGCCCCAGGGACCGACGGCGGGGCAGGAAGGGCAACGUCUAUGCCAACUCGGGCAGCAUGCCCAACCUGGCACAGACUGACGCCCGCUACAACACAUACCAGCCCCCCCGGGCACCGCGACCCACCACCACGGCCUACUACGUGACGGGCUACCCAGAGCCAGAGCCCUACUCUAACGGCGUCUACAUGUACCACAACGAGUUGGAGGGUCACUACAACGUCCACCCCUCUUACAACGCAGCGCCGGCCUACCACGGACAUGAUGCGUACAGCAGUCGCUAUGGUGAUGACGAGACGGACAGUAUGGCCCAGAACCCCUACGCCACGCUGAGGCCGCCCAGGAACCGCCACGCUCCGCCCAGAAUGGAACACGUGACCAGGAACAUCCAGAAGGCGCUGGUGGAGGAGCACCUGAGAGGCUGGUAUCAGCGCAACGCAAGCCACAAGCAGCCACAGGCCUAUGACUACAAUCAGAGGGGUUCCCAUCAGAGCCUGGGCUACCAGACCAUGCCAGCUCCCUACUGCAGGACCAUGUCCUACUCCUCAGUCUCGUCUCAUCAGUCCUCUACAGCAGGAGGCCGGCCCGGUCACCUGGGUGGCGGUAUGGUAGAGUACGACGUGCCCCUGCCCGUGCAGCAGCAUUACCCCUCCUAUGGUACAGCACAUUACGGCACAGCUCACCACCCCGCCUACAGCAGAUCCUAUGUAGAUGUGAACCAAACCGAUCCAUUCAUCAGCAGCCAAACCGAUCCAUUCAACAACAGCCAAACCGAUCCAUUCAUCGGCAGCCAAACCGAUCCAUUCAACAACAGCCAAACCGAUCCAUUCAUCGGCAGCCAAACCGAUCCAUUCAACAACAGCCAAACCGAUCCAUUCAUCGGCAGCCAAACCGAUCCAUUCAUCGGCAGCCAAACCGAUCCAUUCAUCGGCAGCCAAACCGAUCCAUUCAUCGGCAGCCAAACCGAUCCAUUCAUCGGCAGCCAAACCGAUCCAUUCAUCGGCAGCCAAACCGAUCCAUUCAUCGGCAGCCAAACAAACUGCAGCUUGGAUCCAGACGACCCGCGACUUUACUGGCACGAGGGCUCCUCCAAACCUGGAACUAUAGUCUAGCGGUAAGACCCAUCAUGAACUGUCUCAACUUCCACUUUGUGACACUUUCAUGUGCCUUGGACUGCACUUAGCUGUUUUUCUGGAUGGAAGAAGGGACCCAAAGAAUCAAAUAACAACACUAUGGAAUUCACACAGGGAAUGACCUAAAGUCGAUGUACAGCUGAGUUGAGUUCUCCUACACGGAAUUGCUAAAGUGGGUCUACCUGCAUACAGUCAUAGUCUCUGAAAGCAGAAUUACAACACGGUCACCUGAUCUGAAUGUUCUGGAUUGCUAGAUUUUGUGUGUUGGCACUUGUUGCGCACUGAGUUGCACUUGGUGUUGUGGCUGGUUGGAGUAGUCUGAGGGGCUGGGAUGACAGUAGGAGGAUGGAGGACAAUGAACAUGACUUGACCAAUAUAUGGGUAAGCUGUAUGCUCACCAUUACAAUGAAGGAUCUUUCAAACAAUGACAUGUUGAAAUGAAGGAUGGAAAUUGGAUUUUGAGUGUAAGGAUGCCUACCAAUGGUGACCUGCUGAAACAUUCUCCAGUCUCUACCAGUUUCCAGGGCCCAUUCUAUGGUAGCGUUGUUUGUAGCUAUGUACAGCCCUUUGCUAUUCUUUGUUGGUCAGUCUUUUUGCACCAGCCAUUUACAAGUAUUUGGACCUCUCUCAUUCUCAGCAAUUCUAUCAUCUUUACUUCCAAACGCUUCAGUCUAACCAUUAAAGUCUCAACCGUGUCGGCUUUUAUACCUUCAAAGACCAUGUUAACACUUUAUCAAUGACUGUGAUGUUAAUCCUAAGUCCAUUACAGGGCUUAAUUUUGUCUAUACAAUAUUAUUUUUUUUAGUGCUUACUGCAUCCCAUGCUGGAAUGGACUGGUGCUCGCCAUUCCUCUCAAGAAGGAAUUUGUAUGUACCUGUUGAUAAUGUAAAUAGAUUGUAUGGUUCUGUCUGUUUUUAGAGCAUUUUUUUUUGUAUUUUAAGAAGCAUGUAAUAUAUAGUAAACAAUCAAAUAUUAAGCUGGUUCUUAGUUAUUUGUAUAAUUGAAAUGCAUUUGAAUUAAAACAUACAUUUUGAACUAUA